AUGGCAGGACCAGCUCAAAAGAUUAGCACUGUCAUCAUCAAGAUGGUCAGUUUAGCAAAUACUGGAUUCUACUAUACUACUACAAAGAGCGCUAAAUUGAAUACAAAGAAAUUGUUAUUAAGAAAAUAUGACCCUGUCGUUAAACAACAUGUUUUAUUCAAAUCAUCAUCAUUAAUGAGAGAUGAUGAUGAUGAUGAUAGUGACGAGACUCAAAGAAAUGAUCUUUGA